AUUUUUUUGACAUAUCAAAAAAUUUACCAAACAAAAACAAUUUUAUUUCUGCAAUAAUUGUGUAGUGUUAUUUUACUGUAUAUUUUAUUAAAAUGGAUAUAGAAGAUGAUGUUAUCGACGACGAUAAUCAAGAUUUAUUUAUAGCCUUUCCACCAUUAGUACAAAAAGCUAUAGAAGAGGUGCUACCGAGUAAGGAUCCUCUAGACGAGCCCGAUUUUAACAGCAUAGAUUACAUAAACUCCUUAUUUCCCACGGAACAGUCGUUAUCGAACAUAGACGAAGUAGUAUUAAAAAUGGAGAAUAAAAUCAAUUCAAUCGAUAACGAAAUAAGUACCGUCGUUCGCGGUCAAAUAACAGCCAGUAAAGACGGAAGAAAAGCCCUUGAAGAAGCCCAGAAGGUUAUCAAACAACUCUUCACUCACAUAACUGAUAUUAAAGAGCAGGCCGAGAGAUCUGAAGAAAUGGUGCGUGAGAUAACGAGAGAUAUCAAACAAUUAGACUGUGCUAAGAGGAAUUUAACGCUAGCAAUAACGACGUUAAAUCAUUUGCAUAUGUUAGUCGGAGGCGUUGACACUUUAAAAGGCCUCACUCAAAGGAGGUUGUACGGCGAAAUAGUCCUGCCUUUACAAGCCAUAAGCGAAGUCAUGACUCACUUUGAGAAUUAUUCUGAUAUUCCGCAAGUUAAAAGUUUAAGUGACCAAGUUAAAUCGAUUCACCUCGAACUCGCCGAGCAGAUAACGCACGAUUUUAAAGAGGCAUUUUCAGGUUCGAAUACGAAAACUGCCAUUCCGAAUAAGCAACUAGCUCAAGCUUGCUUAGUUUUAUCAAUUCUGGACCCCAAGGUUAAAAAGGACCUGUUAAAAUGGUUCGUUAACUUGCAGCUGCAGGAGUACAAUCAUUUAUUUGAAGAAACGGAAGACACAGCUUGGCUGGAUAAAAUCGAUAAAAGAUAUGCUUGGAUUAAAAAGCAUCUACUAGAAUUUGAAGAUCGCUUAGGCAACAUGUUUCCUCCAAAUUGGGAGGUCUCUGAAUUGAUUGCAGUCCAAUUUUGCCAUAACACUACUGAAGAACUAUCAAAAAUCAUGGCAAAGAGGAAAAACGAAAUAGAUGUGAAGCUACUUCUCUAUGCUAUUCAAAAAACAACCGUUUUCGAAAAUCUCCUAGCUAGAAGAUUCACAGGAGUAACUCUAACUGACUUGAAAGAUACUUCAAACAAGGAGAGUAAAAUUAAAGAUUCAAGUGAAAUGAGGCUUGAAGAUAAAGAUUGUGAUAUAAAUUCAUCACCAUUCCACGGGCUUAUAGGCAAAUGUUUCAUUCCCCAUCUCGAAAUUUACAUCGAAAGCGUCGACAGGAACCUCUCCGAUCUAAUCGAGAGAUUUGUUUUGGACCAGAAACAAAGCAAACCUACCGAGGCUACGGACACUCAAGCGUCGAUUCUGCCCAGUUGCCCGGACUUGUUCGUUUUUUACAAGAAGAGCAUGAUUCAAUGCAAUCAACUGGACAGGGGUCAAACGAUGCUUAGUUUAACGAAAACAUUCCAAAAAUAUUUACACGAAUACGCCGAGAAAUUGCUGCAAAGCAACCUGCCCAAGAUAGAACAGCAAACAAUCGGGAGUUCCGUUCAGAAUUUCACGAAGGAUUUGCAGAAAAUGUCGUCUGCUGGUUUGAUAUCGAAUUUUUCCUCGUUACUGAAAGAUGAACUUACAAGAUUUACCAAAGAAGAGCAAACUAAGAUCUGUUGCAUAUUAACUACAGCUGAAUAUUGUUUGGAAACUACUCAGCAAUUAAAUGAUAAGCUGAAAGAAAAAAUAGAUCCUUCCCUUGCAGAUCAAAUAGAUUUGUCGAAGGAACAGGAUAAUUUCCACAAGGUAAUAUCGAAUUGUAUCCAAAUACUCGUGCAAGAUUUAGAAAACGCCUGUGAACCAGCCUUAACCGCAAUGAGCAAGAUUCAAUGGCAAAACGUAGAUACCGUAGGUGACCAAAGUUCCUACAUAACAGCAAUAACAACCCACUUAAAAACGAACGUGCCUAUCAUCAGAGAGAACCUCUCGCAAUCGAGGAAGUACUUUACGCAGUUCUGCAUUAAAUUCGCGAACAGUUUCAUUCCCAAAUUCAUUCAGAACAUCUACAAAUGCAAGCCGAUCAAUACUGAAGGAGCGGAACAGCUGUUGCUCGACACGCACAUGUUGAAGACUUGGCUGCUGAAUUUGCCUUCGAUCUCCUCGCAGAUCAACCGUCCGGCGCCCAGCGCUUAUCUGAAAGUUGUGACAAAGGGCAUGACUAGGGCCGAGAUGAUCAUUAAAGUGGUUAUGACUCCUACGGAGCCCGCUAAGAACUUCGUCGAGCAGUACAAGAAGUUGCUGCCGGACGGGCAAUUGACCGAGUUCCACAAAGUUUUAGAAAUGAAAAGCGUGAAGAGACAAGACCAAACUGUCCUCACGGAUAUUUUUAAAAGUUAUAAAUAGAAAUUUGCUUUAACCAAACGAUUGUUAUGUCUCAAAAUAGCGACUUUAAACGAUAGAUUUUUUUGUAUAUUAUAUUAUAAUUUGAUUGCUUUAUUAUUUAUUAUAACAAUUGAAAUAUUUUAUGUUCGUCUCCAAUAUGUACUUAUUACGCAGAUUAAAACAUGCAAA